AGGAGCAGGUAAAGUCAACGGGGGAAAGAUAUAAAAAAAGAAUAUAACUGGAGCUGUGAACGAUUGCAAGCAGCGAGCAGUGAGAGAGAGAGAGUGGGAGUUGGUGUAGUCGCGGCUAUAGAGGGGCAAACACGAAGGAAUGAGCGAGCGAACACGGCGGCGCACAGCGAGGCGAGUGCGAUUCUCUUUGUGCUCGGAACGACGAGAGACGAAGUAGAGUUGGCAAGCCUGGUUGGCGUAGCAGCCGUCUCUCCGCAGGCUGUCAGAGUUCCUGGGCCAGUUGGCAACAGACCAUCGUUCCGCACGGGUCGUCAGCCGCAAUUAGAAACGCAAGUGCGUCGUCGUUGUCGCCGUAAUCGUUCAAGUUUUGACGAGCGAAGCCUGUAGAGAGCACCAAUCCGAAUGCUCGCGAAGUCAGAACCGUGUAAACUCGCAGGUGACUCGAUCGCCUGCAGGACUUGUUCGUUAAGGGGUUAUCGCAAGCAGUAGCUCUGAGGGCGCAGGAGACAGCAACAGUGCCAAGUUGCUCUGGCUUGGUGUGUUUUUUGUUGUUGGUCGUUUUCCGUCACGGCCAUAGCCCAGGGACAAGAGGGCUUUGGCCUUUGACCCGAGCAAGCGAAAGUAACGUUAACGACAGUUGGAAGGGAGCACUAACAGAAAGCUGCAGAGGCCACAGAAGAAAGUAGUGAAGGCGAUCAGCCAUGGGGCCUGACUCGAACAUUUGACCCUCGGCUGGCGACUCCGGGCUCGGUGCGGUGUGCAGCAGGAUUGUUCAACUGUUCAGGCAGCUCCAGUGCAGUUUCUAUCGGAAUGCACUGCCUAGGCGCGGGCUCGACUGUCGGCAGCAGCGAGCAGGCGAGCCCGAGCGGCUUCGGCAGUCGCGGCAGCGUGCUCAGCGUGGUCCGAGCUCUCGGGGUGCUGGUGUGCGAGGGUAGAAUCCAGGGCCCUCCGCGGGGCUACAAGGAGGGUCCGCACUGCGUGCCGCCCCUGCAGUCCGCUCCGAACGACCACAGCUGCGACAGCGACAACUACUUGUGCGACAGAUACCUGGUGUUGGUGCGCGAGAUAACGGAGCGCGUGGCCGUCGGCUCGCUGCUCAGCGUGGAGGUGGUCUUGUGCAGCGAUUGCGCCUGCGGUCUCAGCAAGUCCAAGAGCAAGCAUCGCGUUCUCGGCAGCCCCGACAAGACGCUGCCAUGGCAGCAGCAGCACUCGUCCGAGAUGCUCUUGGAGUACUGGUCCAUCAGCGUGGUGUCCAGCAAGAGUCAGGAAGCGAUGAACUCGCAGGGACUGUACCAAGCGGUACGCUCGCGACUGCACUUCAGCCAAGUAGCGGCAUGGUGGUCACGGACCAACGGCACCAAGCCCAGCUACGUCGCCACAAGGAUCGUUCAGCAUCAAGACGAUCAUCUGAGAAGAUUCCGGGAACCGCCGGUCGAGCACACUUUUCCACUCGCGGGCACUGGCGACGGCAAUUCCAUCAAGGUAACGGUGUGGGCUCUGCCACGGAUGGAGGAAAUCCCUCGGCUGCAAUGCCCACGGCACCUCACACAGUCCGAGGAACCAGCAAAGCCACAUGAACAUCACUACGCACGCGCCUCCACCCCCACCAAACCCUCGGCUACGGCUACUCUUGUCGCCAGCACAUCUGCCAGUAACACUGUCCUCGAGACCAUCGCCGACGCCGCCCACCAUCAGAACAACCACCUCGUGAUGCCCGCGCUGCUCGACGAUCGACUGCAGAUCCCCUGCGACAAGCCCGGCAAACACCACUGCCGCUGCGCCGACGAAGAAGACGACGACGUCGAGGAGGUGCAGCCGAGCGUUGGCCAAGCCCAGCGGCCCAACGGCGAGCGCAAGCGGCGCCGCUCGCUGCCCUGCCGCCCACCCGACAGCCCCGGCAACGCCAGCAAUCCCAGCCCCGGCCAUACCAGCACCGCCGGCAACACCGGCCAGGAGCACUGCUCGUCUGGUCUGCCCGCGCUCAAGGAGGCACUGCUGCCGCCGAGUGGAGCAGCCGCCGUCGCCACGGCCACGGCCGACGCCUCGGCCGGCCUCGACGGCCUCGAGCGCAGCUUCCGCACGCAACUCAGCAUCGACGACCAGCAGGAGAGCAGCGAGAAGCGCUACAAGCGGUCCGAUAGCCGCGGACACUCGUCGUACGGCGGCGGCAGGCCUCGUCAGCAGCACAGCGCCUCGGCCGGCAACACACACGUGCCUUUGCUCAUCCCCUGGGUUUCUUACAGUGCCAACGGCAACACCGUCACUGCGUUGUUGCCCGUCAAUAACCAGAACGCCAGCACCAACGGCUCCACCGCGAGCAGCAGCACCGCCACCCCCUCCCCCAACCUCAACCUCGUGGUUAACCCCUUCCACGCGGCGCAGCUCGCCAGGCCAGCCCUCCCCGACGACCUCGACAAGGACAAGCAGGACCAGGCGAGCAUCCUCGAGUGGAUAACACGUGUACCCGCGAGGGUUCUCGGCUCGGCCGAAGAGUGCACCGGCAAUGGCAAACCCAGCUCGCCGGCGGCGCCCUCGAGUACCCCGCUCAAAUCGCGCAGCAAUCUUGACCUCAGUCCGCGCGAGUUCGAUGAGGUUCUCGCGGUGCUGCGGGCCAGAACGCCGCUCGGCAGAAGACGCGCCGCCGUAAAAAUGGCCAAGCGAAGAGAGAAGUACGACAGACUCGUUAAUGAAACUCAGCUGCAGCAACAGCAGCAACAGCAGCAGCAGCAGCAGCAGCAGCAGCAGCAACAGCAGUCGAGCAAAUCCACUACGAACAGCACUGGUGAGGUCGAAAACAAGGCAGACGUGCUGCUGGGUGCCAUUCUCAGAGGUAGCAGUCGGGACAAGAACGGCUCGACGACGGAGGCAGUAUGCCUGGACGCAUCGGCGUCGCUCACGGAGGAGACGAAACCGGGGAACGCUAGCCCGCAGAGCUGUACUUCCGACAAGCCUGUCUCGCCGUCAAACGCCGUCGAGACGUCUCUGCCAGGGAGCCCGAACAAACGACUGUCGCGGCUGAGGCAGCUAUUCAAACGCUACGAGAACGAGAAAUUGAUUCGGGCCGAGGACGGCACCUUGUCACGCUGCGAGUCGAGAGUCAAGCGACGGAUCGACUUUUCGAGCGAAACCGACACCAAGGCAAAGCUCGAAGACAACCAGACACACUGUGAUUGUUCAGUUGGGACCAGUACAAACGGUAGCGCACGCGUCAACUCGACGCUGCACGGUAUAAACGGUACAAACGGUACAAACGGUACAAACGAUACAAACGGUCAGCGAAAUACCGUGGAACUCUGCGCGAAUGGUGCCGAUAGAAAGAAGAAGACUCGCGGCAGACGCGACCUUUCGCCGAUUUGGGUAAAUCACAACAACAACUACGUCGAUGCCAAACACAAGGAUUGCGCCACCGCGACCGAAGACCAGGAGGAGCAGAUCGACAAGACGAUCGUGCCGACAGCCAAGGACCAGGAAAGAUUCAGGCGCUCCCUGGAAAACGCCGCUUCGAUGGUGUUCCACAGCAGGACCGGCCUUCCUCUUACAUCGAGUCCAGCGCCUCUUCGACGCGGCAGCUGUUGCUUCGACUUUGACAGCAGUCUCAACAGCGUGUCAUCCAAACGAAGCGCCCUUUUCGAGCUGAACACUCCUCCAAGCCCCGGGGCUGUUUCUUUGGAGGAGGGCGAUAGAGAAACGGAAAAUGCCUGUGAUAUUGAAGAGGUGACGAGGCGGAGAUCGACUUCGCGCAGUCGGCCCCAGAGUCACGCUCUCUUGGGAAGCUUCGAGGAAUCUGCGCUCAACGGUAGACUAGAACCUGUUUCGACAGUCCACGGUUUUACUGCCGAAAUCGGAGCCAGUGGAUCAUUUUGUCCAAAACAUCGAAAACUUCCAGUCACUGUAUUUUUUUAUACGCUUGGAGACAACGACAAAGUUUCGUCUCCGUAUCUCGCUCACAUAAACUUAGGUAAGAAAGGAUAUCAAGUACCAAAGAGCGGCACAAUUCAAGUCACCCUUUCCAACCCAUUGGGCACUGUUGUCAAAAUGUUCGUGGUACUUUAUGACCUAUCUGACAUGCCGCCAAGGUCUCAUACCUUUUUACGCCAGCGAACUUUGCGCGACAAAACGUUACGCUACCUCAUUCAUCUUAGAUUUAUGUCUGGAAAGUCCGGACGAAUUUAUUUACAUACAGAUAUAAGAAUGAUUAUCUGUCGAAAGUCAGACGUAGAUACUGCAUCGAACUUCGGUUCCGAACCGCCAAAGGAGCUGCGUAGCUACAUUCACGGUCCCACUAAUCCAAAAUUUUCGCCAAGGUGCUGAGUCUCGUGGCUCUUCCCAUGGGGUUGCUGUCAACCGCUACAAUCACCAAGUCCCCAACCCGUUUAUGUCUAAUGAUCAUUGUAAUAAUCAACGCUCCGUCACCUCUGCUGAUCAACGAUUCAAUGACAAAACGUGUUAACGGAUUUUUCAAGACAUUCGAAGGUGGUCUCACGUGGUCAACAGAACGCUAAAAGGGAACUCUAAAUGAAUUUUUUAUCGCAGUAACUUAAUGUUAUUUUUGUUAUGUAGUUUCGUGUCGAGCUAAUUUACUAAUUCGACUUAUCAUCAUGGCUUUUAUUAUUGCGUAUUUAGAUGUAAUGCAUACUUGAAUCAUAAUUUCUCGAAACAUCAAAAUUAUCAUAAGUCUUUCAUUUGUUAUUUAUUUUUAAUUUUUUUAUUAUUUUUUUUUUAUUUAGAAUUUUAAUAUUUAUUGUGAUUGAUUAAUUAGCUCACAAGAUUACAGAAGAAAGAUUGAUUUCUUGCGCUGUGCAAUCCUACUUUCGGAAAACAAUUGAAAAAUUUUCGCUAUUAGUACUAGCUGAGAAAAAUGCUUUAAUUAUUCAAAAGUGUCUUGAAAAAUAUGCUCGUGAAUUUGUCUGAAGCUUUAGAGAAAAAUUAAAGGCCAUUUUCUGAAAUCUCUAUGUAAAUAUAUAUAGUAGUAACAGUCAUCCAGAGGAUAUUUUAUGUGGGAUGAUACUGCCAUGUAUGUAGCACCCUGCUCUAUCAUAAAAAAGUGAUAUAUAUUAAGAAGAAAAAACAGUAGUAUGAAUCGUUCGCUGAAUCUCUAAAUAUAGCAUAUCUGUAAUCUCGGACAAUAAGAUAAUAUCCAACACAUCUUGAAUGAAAUAAUAUUAUAGACAUAGCUAACUUUCGAGAACAGCGAUCGAUGCGCACGUUUUCAUCUUCUAUUAAGAAAUUGCAGAUUAUUUACGUGUAUAAUGAAAGAACACAUUUUUGUGUCCAUAGAACUGUGAUUAAUAUAUUGAUAUAGAUAAGAAAAUAUCUGUUGAAGAGUAACUAUUUGCGUAGUAGGUACAUAAUUUAGUAUAAUAAUCAUUAUUCUACUAAUAUCGAACGAGGAAAAACGUGACUAUGCAUAUUGUAUCGAUCGAUUUGUAGUUGAGGUGAAUGGUGAAUCAUCUCAAACCGUUAUUUUCGUAAUUCAAGAUGCUUAUUUUUUUGUAGAAAAUCAAUUUCUCGGCGAUUAAAGGAGAAAGCAUAAAAAAUAUAAAAAAUUUACAUUAUCUUUGAAUCAAAACUCGCUUGUUCAAAGCGUUGUAGACAAUUGCUAACAAAAAACGUUCCUGUUAUUUCACUAAAAAUAUCUCUGAUUGGUUUGUGUACAAUUAUAGCUCUAUCAUUUAUUAUUAAUAAAUUCCAUUUUGCGAGAACGUCACUUAUCCGAAAAAUCAUAAAUUAAUUUAUCGUUAUAAAUAAUUUUUAACUUUUUUUUACAAUUUGAUUAAGAAAUUUAUUUACGAUUCCAUAAUUUGUGUGGUUUAUAAUCAUAUUUUCGGAAAAACUUUAGGACAAUGUUUUUUUAAGUAUUACAUUUAUAUAAUUUUUGGAAUUGAAAAUAAAUUUUAUACAUAAACAAAAUAAAAUUAUUAAUAAAAAUUUUAAUGAUUUCUUAUCAAUUUUCAUUCCUUUUCCUAUUUUCUAUUCAGAGGUAUUUUGGACUGACACGAUAGCUUCAUAGCUGUUGGCGAUCAUCCUUAAAAUAACAAAUAACACUAUCUAACUCUUUAAAAGGACAAUUAAAGUCAUGGAUACAUCUACAAUCAAUUGUAGAGAUCAAUAAAAUUUAAACUUUUUAAACUGGUUACCAGCAUUCAAUGCGAGUUAUUCUUUUAUGAUGACUUUAAAACUACUUUGUUAACAAGAAUCUCGUACAAUAAUAAACGAUAUUUAUUUUAAAAAUAAUAAUGUGAUUACGUCGGUUAAUCCGCUAGUUUCCGAAAUUUUUCAGAACAAUACAAUACAUAAGUAGAUUGAUCACUGCCAUGCUGUAAAUACAUAUAGAUUCAAAUACGUAGAAAUGCAUUUUUUAGAUUCACUUGAACCUAUUAUGCACAUCACAAAGUUAUACUUUAAUUUAGGAUAAUUGAAAUUUCAGAAUUUCACGAUUCUAGUAAUUACGAUGUGUCAAGAAAUAUCGAAAAAUAAAAUAUAUCAUUCGAACGAUAAUAAUUAUAACAACUUUCGAUAAAAAAUAUAAAUAUGCCAUAGCAUUGCAAAAAUUGUAAAAAAGUUGAUUUUUCUUUUCUUGGUUAUCAGUAAAAAUUUUACGUCAAUUUAAAUUAACAAGUUAAAAUAUAUUUGUAAGUUUGUGUAUGGUAUAUUCUUUUUUGAAAUCGAAUUGUUACCGCCAAUUUGUAUUCAUUCAAGUGCAAAUGUAGUAACAGUAAAUUUAUUGUAUUUUGAAAAAAUAACCUAAUGUAAUAAAGAUCCAAAUAUGGUAAUCAAUGUCUUCAAUUAUUCAAAUUCAUGAGUUUUAUGACGGG